AUGUUAGAACAUUUCUGUGAAUGCUAUUCUGAUCUAAGUGGUCCUAUUCUGUGUCCCGUGCUAGGAAGCAUUAUUCCUAUUUUCAUUCCAAAUUCAAGAAUACGACCGAUACGAUUGAUUGGUCUGUGUGCCUCUCUUAUUACUUUUUUGUAUUCCCCUGUUCCUCGGAUACAAUUCGAUCCUUCUACGGCCAAAUCUCAAUUUGUGGAAAGCCUUCGAUGGCUUCCUUAUGAAAACAUCAAUUUGAAUUUGGGUAUAGACGGUCUCUCUUUUUUCUUCGUGAUAUUGACCACAUUUCUGAUCCCUAUUUGUAUUUUAGUGGGUUGGUCUGGUAUGAGAAGUUAUGGGAAAGAGUAUAUUACAGCAUCUCUAAUUCGUGAAUUUCUAAUGAUCGCCGUGUUCCGCAUGCUGGAUCCUCUACUAUUCUAUGUUCUUCCCGAAAGCGUGCUAAUCCCUAUGUUCAUUAUUAUAGGGGUAUGGGGUUCGAGACAAAGAAAGAUCAAGGCAGCAUAUCAGUUUUUCCUUUAUACUUUACUUGGAUCUGUUUUUAUGCUAUUAGCUAUUCUGUUGAUUCUUUUCCAAACAGGGACCGCCGAUUUACAAAUAUCAUUAACCACAGAAUUUAGUGAGCGGCGCCAAAUCUUUCUAUGGAUUGCUUCUUUCGCCGCUUUCGCCGUCAAAGUGCCUAUGGUACCUGUUCAUAUUUGGUUACCCGAAGCUCAUGUAGAGGCACCUACGGCAGGAUCCGUCAUCUUGGCAGGAAUUCCUUCAAAAUUGGGAACCCACGGGUUUUUAAGAUUUUCAAUACCCAUGUUUCCCGAAGCAACACUUUGUUCCACUCCUUUCAUUUAUACUCCAAGCGCGAUUGCUAUAAUAUAUACUUCCUUGACCACUUCAAGACAGAUCGAUCUUAAGAAGAUCAUUGCUUACUCCUCAGUAGCCCAUAUGAAUCUGGUGACUAUUGGUAUGUUUAGUCGGGCGGCGGCCGUUAGGUCACCUAUUUUUAGUUAUGGACACACAAGACAAGGCCAAAACAUGUGUGCCGGGCGUGCGACCCAUCAACCUACGAACAUACAGGGAAUUGGAGGUAGCAUUCCACCGAUGUUAAGUCAUGGACUGGUUCCUUCAGCCCUUUUUCUAUGUGUUGGUGUUCUAUAUGACCGACAUAAGACUCGACUUGUUAGAUAUUACGGAGGGUUAGUGAGCACCAUGCCGAAUCUCUCUACCAUUUCCUUCUCUUCCACUUUGGCCAAUAUGAGUUCACCUGGUACUAGCAGCUUUAUCGGGGAAUUUCCCAUCUCAGUAGGAGCUUUCCAAAGAAAUAGCUUAGUAGCCACAUUAGCAGCGCUUGGGAUGAUUUUAGGCGCGGCGUAUUCCCUUUGGCUAUAUAAUCGUGUGGUUUCUGGAAAUUUAAAAGCCGAUUUCCUCCAUAAAUUCUCCGAUCCAAAUGGCAGAGAAGUUUCCAUAUUUAUACCUUUUCUUGUUGGAGUUGUUCGGAUGGGUGUUCACCCCAAAGUGUUCCCGGACCGCAUGCAUACAUACGUCAGUAACUUAGUGCAACAUGGGAAAUUUAAUUGA